AUGUUGAACUGGUUCAAGAAAGGAAGGCCGUUACAGCUGGCUAUAUCUGCAACGUGCUCUGGUGCUUUCGUCUUAUUCGGCUACGAUCAGGGUGUGUUUAGCGGUAUAAUUGGGAACGAGGACUUCAAAGACACGUUCGGGCACCCUACUGAUACCAAACAAGGAAUAAUUGUUUCAUCGUACAAUCUAGGAUGCUUCGCAGGGUGUAUUAUUACUUUCCUCAUUGGCGACUGGCUCGGUCGGAGACGUGCGAUGUGGUCAGCUAUGGCUUUGAUUACCGUUGGAGCGGUGUUGCAGACGACUGCAUUCUCCGUCCCUCACAUCAUCGCUCGAGUCAUUACAGGUUUUGGGACUGGAAUCGAAACCUCUACAGUCCCCAUGUACCAAUCCGAAGUUUGCAAACCGGAAUAUCGAGGUCGUAUCGUUGCCUCCGAGCCUAUGUUUGUAGGAAUUGGAAUCGUGUUGGCUUAUUGGUUUGACUAUGGCAUGAACUUUAUUCCGCCGGAAUCUUCCUUCGCUUCCGUCGCAUGGAGGCUCCCUAUUGCAUGCCAAAUCAUCUUUACCAUUUUCGUCAGCAUUCUCAUCCUGGGCGUUCCUGAAUCACCCCGUUGGUUGUUACAGCAGCGUCGUGAGCAGGAAGCAAUCCAAGUCCUAUGUGAUGUCUAUAAUCUUCCGCCUCACGAUAAGGAGAUCAUUAAAGAAGCUGAAGACAUUAAAGAGGCGAUGCGGCUCGAAGAGGAGAAUAGUUUUCAAUGGAAGAAUAUCCUACAACAAGAUUCGGUGCAGACUGGUAGACGGGUUCUCUUAGCAUGGGGUAUGCAAUUCAUGAACCAAGUUGGUGGAAUCAACCUCAUCGUCUACUACCUCCCCACCGCUCUAACCCUCAAUGUCGGUCUGUCACGAGGCCUUUCCCUAAUCCUAAGCGGGUGCAUCAACAUCAUGUUCCCCCUCGGGUCUCUCAUCCCCACCUUCUUCCUUGACCAACUAGGCCGUCGUGGACCCAUGAUGUGGUGUUCCUUCCUCCUUGCAGUGUGUAUGGCUGCCAUAGCUGCUUUACUAAGUUUCCAAGGAACGAAAUUAGAAAUCGAAAAACCCACGGCGAUGGCCUCCGUUGCGUUUUUUUUCCUCUAUCAAUUCGUCUUUGGGGCUGGACCGAAUUGUAUACCGUGGGUGUAUGUACCUGAGAUUUUACCUCUCCAUGCGAGAGCGAAAGGUACGGCGGUUGGGAUAUCGUCGAAUUGGAUUUGGAAUUUUACGAUUGUGAUGAUUACGCCGGUUAUUUUGAACCGUUUGCAAUGGAAAGCGUAUUUGAUAUUUGUCGCUACGAACGCGUUGUUCGUUCCCAUAGUGUAUUUUUUGUACCCUGAGACUUCUCGUCUUUCUUUGGAAGAAAUAGAUCUUCUGUUCUUGAAAUCUAACCCGGUGAAAGCGAGCUUGGACAGGUCGUGGUUGGUUCGAAGUGACCUCGAGACGCGGCGGCCACUAUCAGAGGAUGAGAAGGGUAGUGAACAUUGA